AUUAUGAGAGUCACAUGUAUAACAUUUUACUUUUGUACAUUGUACUUGUGAAUUUUUGUUGCUAAUUCAGUUGAUGUAGUUUUGGCGUUUGAUGGGACAAUUUAAGUUACAUAUGCCGGGUUUUCAUCAAAUUUUCACUUUGAAUUUUCCUUGUGUCACAAGUCCAGUGUUCUCCACGUUAUUCAGCAUUUCAUUUGAUGCUUUUGGCCUCAGUCAAUACUAUUAGAUGCUUCUAAGUCAAGGGGAAGGAUUGGCUAAACCUUGCAUCUGGUUGUUCCCUAUUUAUACAUCUGGCUCAGAAAUUUAUAAUACCCUGUUGAAUGUUAAAUGCAUGCUGUUCCAUUCCUGAAUCUGUUAAAGUGCAUCUAUAUACCUUAAAGGAAAAUAUGUAGUCUAGUUUUGAAGGGAAUUUUAAACACGACCUUGGCAAAUUAAUGCUGUAUCUGUAGAUUAUGUGUUACAUUAACUGUUGACUGAGCUGAAAUUUGGUUGCUAUAUCUUUUGAUUUUCUUUUUCUUUCUAAAAUAACUGUUCUUCUCAUUUUGUUCUUUCGGAUUAUGGAGAGAAAUGGUUAAGUGGGAGAAAGUGAAGGAGGAAAGAAGGGGAAUGGGAACCAAAGUGCAUAACCUGCCAGGAUAUCACUCAAUGACGGAUCUUAAUGAAGAAUCUAGCAGUUGUGGUUGGCCCUUAUUGUACGGGGAUAAAAUGCUGUCUAAUGGGCAGUAUUAUAAUAAUUAUCUGUCAAGUCCUACUGCAGAUGCAUGUUUAACAUAUGAUAAGGAUGUUGUGAAGCAGACUAUGCUUGAGCAUGAGGCCGAAUUUAGAAGUCAGGUCAGUGAACUUCAUCGACUAUACAGAAUACAAAGGGAUUUGAUGGAUGAAGUGAAGAGGAAAGAGUUGCACAGAAACAAGAUCCCUGUUGAAUCAUCAUUUUCAACAGAUCCCUUGGCAUCACAAAUUACUUCUGAAGAUUGCCAAAAAUGGCAUGUCACUGGCUUUCCUAUGGUAACUUCUGUGGGUGCUAAACCAUCUAUUUCAGGUGCUGAGGGCUUUCAUUCUCCUUUGAGUUCUGUUAAAGGAAACAGUAAGCAAGCUGGUAUGCUUCCAUCCCCAAAUGGGAGCAGUUCAAAAGAUGUUGAGGUACUGGACUGCAGGCCCUCAAAAGCGAGGAGAAAAAUGUUUGACCUCCAACUUCCUGCUGAUGAGUACAUUGAUACUGAGGAAAGUGAAAAGUUCAGUGAUGAGAAAAUAAGUGGUACAACAGUAAAUCUUACUGAUAGAGAUUGUAAACUUAAACGUGAGGGUGACAUGAAUUUUCCUUGUGGCAAGGCUGGUGGCCCAGAAGGUACUUCAAAAUGUGAACAGUCACUAAGGACCAUAAACGGUUUGGCUGACUUAAAUGAACCUGUUCAGGUGGAAGAAUCAAAUGCAUCUGCAUAUUUUCAGCCUCUGAGCCAUAAUCUGCGUCAAGGGGCAACUGGAUGUUCUGAUUUUUCUUCCAAACAGAAGUCGUGUCUUAUUGAUCUUUCCAGAGAAGAAUUACUCAACAGACAUCAUGCAACUGACAUUCGGCCUUGUAACAAUGGUUACAUAGAGAGCAAUCGGAGUGGAAAGUUGUGGAUUCCAUCAGUGCUUGAAGAAGCAGGGCAAGCUAAAAGCAACCUCAAACCCAUUCCUCAAGUUCUCAAACAAGAGAAGUCCCUUAUGUCUUCCCAUACAAUGCGAGAUGCACUGAGCAAAGCCCAUGAACCUCCUCCUGAUUUUCUAAGUAAUCGAAGAAAGGUUGAUACAUGGAUGGAUAAGACAGUUUAUGAUUUAGAAGCCAGUGAGAGAAUACAUGAAAUCCCCACUAAUAAGCAUCCAGAGUCUGCUGUAUCUACGCAUAGAUCUAGGCUAUUUGCUGUUGCUUCUUCUUCGAAUGUGGCAAAGUCUUGGUCUCAUUCAGCUUCUUCUUGGGAAAUGUCUAAUAGUAGCUCAAGCCAGAAGAUUUUGUCUGUUCAGAGGCUGCCAUGUCUAAAUGCAUCUGGUGCUUUGAGUAAGAGUUCUCAGUCAGGCCAGACCAAUGGUAUUUUGGCAGAUAGUUGGUCACGCAAUGUUGAUUCCAAGUAUAGCCCUGGUUUUCAAUGUGAGGCUCGUGUGCAGAAUGGAUUUUACCCUGGAUCUUCAACAGGAUCCAAGGAACCAUCUGUGAAUGUCUCUUCAGUUAGUUAUGACUGUCUCAACCGUAAUAAUAGUUUUAAGGGAGCUCCUGAACUCUUUAUCCAUGGUUCUGCAAAAUACUGCAAUGGUUUAAAUUGCAACGAGGUGAGGUCUGGAAAAGAUAUAAACUUGAAUGUGAUGCUUUCAAGUGACUCAUCUAACAAUCAGGUAUUGCAGUCAGGUCUUGCCGCCAUGGAUGGAGAACUGAAGCGUGAGGAGAAUCAUCCGGUAUUGCCUUGGCUUAGACCAAAGCCAAUUUGUAAGAAUGAGGUGCAAAAUGAUGGUAGAGUUUUAACUGGUGGAGAUCUAAGUUUCACUCAAGGUGCUUCAACAUCUAACAAAGAUGAAACUGGAAGGGGCCCUCAUGGAAACUUCAUGCACAAGGUACCUUCAUUUUUAUAUUCCAAUGGCAUCAUGGAGCAAAGGAGGUCCGAGAUCAGUGACAGAACUAGUAAUGAGAAAAUUCUUGGUGUUCCCAUAUUUGAUAUGCCACAUGUUUCUUCUAAGAAGGAGUCUUCUGCAUCUACUUCUCUCUCCGUGCCAGUUCCUAAUACAUCUGACAUCGAAGCUGUGGAAAAUGAUCGGAAAAAGAGGGUCCUUGAUAUUAACUCGCCUUGUGAUGUUAUUGAUUUGGAGAAAGAGGAUGAUGACGCAGAAACCAUUGCUGGUGAGAAAGAAUGUGCUGCAACAGAAUCCAACUGUAGAAAUCUAAUUGAUCUGAACUUCAGUAUGAGUGAGGAAGAAGCAUCUUUGACAACUAUUCCUAGUACCAAUGUAAGGAUGGUGCCGGAAAUAGAUCUGGAAGCCCCCGCUGCUCCUGAAACAGAGGAGGAUGUCAUUCCUGAAGAAAAACUGCUUGAAACUCCUCUUGUGUCAACAACACAAGACCCGCAAGACAAAGUUGAACAACCAGAGGAUGAACUUAUAAUGCAAGCAGCAGGGGCCAUAGUUGCCAUAUCAUCUCAUUCCUGCAAUCAUGGGGCCGAAGCGAUCACCAGCUCUUCAGAGAGUCCAAUGGUGGACCCUCUUAGCUGGUUUGCGGAACUAAUUUCCUUAUGUAUACAUGAUGUUGAGGCUAAGCUUAAUUCUUCUGGAGAAAAUGAAGCAGAGAAUAAUGAACAAUCUUCCUCAGAAGAAAUGGAUUACUUCGAGACCAUGACAUUGAAACUGACGGAGACCAAAGAAGCAGAUUACAUGCCUAAGCCUCUCAUUCCAGAAAACAUCAUUUUGGAAGAUACUGGAACAACCGUGUUAGCUACCCGAACCCGAAGGGGCCCGGCAAGGAGAGGGAGGCAGCGGAGGGAUUUCCAAAGGGAUAUCCUUCCAGGCCUUUCGUCAUUAUCAAGGCAUGAAGUAACAGAGGAUCUUCAGACUUUUGGAGGGCUCAUGAGAGCAACAGGUCACUCAUGGUCUGGAUUGACUCGGAGAAGCUCUUCGAGGAAUGGUUGUGGUAGGGGAAGGCGGCGAUUGACAGUCAACCCAUCUCCCCCUCCGCCGCCGCCGCCGCCACCACCGCCGCCGCCGCCUGUGGCAGCCAAUGAAACUUGUGCUCCAUUGGUGCAUCAGCUUAGUAACAUUGAAGUGGGAUUGGAGGAUAGAAGCCUCACAGGCUGGGGCAAGACAACAAGGCGACCCCGGAGACAGAGGUGUCCAGCUGGCAAUCCUGCACCAAUCCCUUUAACCUAAUCACCUUUAUGACAGGCUCGUGAGUUUAUAGAUGAGGAUUUAUAGAGGUUUAAGCAAGUUCAUUUCAAAUAUUUGAUGGAACACAUGUUCCUGUAUCUCAGCCACGGGGAUUUCUCUUGUAAAUUUCUUCAGCCCGUAUUUGGGUGUAUGCUUGAUUGUCAGUCGUCUAUCAACUUGUAUUAUUUUUAAAUAAUGUUGCAUGAUUUCUUUCAGGUUAUCUCUUUAAAGAACUUGAAAUAUAUAGUCAUGUUCUUCAA